AUGAUUAAUGAUAUUAUUGUCUUCCACGAAUGUCCAUACAACUACAUAUAUAUACCGUGUACAUCUUCUUUAAUACAUAAUGUAAUUUUUGAUUCAUAUCCUAUCACUACUACUACUACUACUACUACUACUACUACUACUACUACUACUACUACUACUACUACUACUACUACUACUACUACUACUACUACUACUACUACUACUACUACUACUACUACUACUACUACUACUACUACUACUACUACUACUACUACUACUACUACUACUACUACUACUACUACUACUACUACUACUACUACUACUACUACUACUACUACUACUACUACUACUACUACUACUACUACUACUACUACUACUACUACUACUACUACUACUACUACUACUACUACUACUACUACUACUACUACUACUACUACUACUACUACUACUACUACUACUACUACUACUACUACUACUACUACUACUACUACUACUACUACUACUACUACUACUACUACUACUACUACUACUACUACUACUACUACUACUACUACUACUACUACUACUACUACUACUACUACUACUACUACUACUACUACUACUACUACUACUACUACUACUACUACUACUACUACUACUACUACUACUACUACUACUACUACUACUACUACUACUACUACUACUACUACUACUACUACUACUACUACUACUACUACUACUACUACUACUACUACUACUACUACUACUACUACUACUACUACUACUACUACUACUACUACUACUACUACUACUACUACUACUACUACUACUACUACUACUACUACUACUACUACUACUACUACUACUACUACUACUACUACUACUACUACUACUACUACUACUACUACUACUACUACUACUACUACUACUACUACUACUACUACUACUACUACUACUACUACUACUACUACUACUACUACUACUACUACUACUACUACUACUACUACUACUACUACUACUACUACUACUACUACUACUACUACUACUACUACUACUACUACUACUACUACUACUACUACUACUACUACUACUACUACUACUACUACUACUACUACUACUACUACUACUACUACUACUACUACUACUACUACUACUACUACUACUACUACUACUACUACUACUACUACUACUACUACUACUACUACUACUACUACUACUACUACUACUACUACUACUACUACUACUACUACUACUACUACUACUACUACUACUACUACUACUACUACUACUACUACUACUACUACUACUACUACUACUACUACUACUACUACUACUACUACUACUACUACUACUACUACUACUACUACUACUACUACUACUACUACUACUACUACUACUACUACUACUACUACUACUACUACUACUACUACUACUACUACUACUACUACUACUACUACUACUACUACUACUACUACUACUACUACUACUACUACUACUACUACUACUACUACUACUACUACUACUACUACUACUACUACUACUACUACUACUACUACUACUACUACUACUACUACUACUACUACUACUACUACUACUACUACUACUACUACUACUACUACUACUACUACUACUACUACUACUACUACUACUACUACUACUACUACUACUACUACUACUACUACUACUACUACUACUACUACUACUACUACUACUACUACUACAACUACUACUACUACUACUACUACUACUACUACUACUACUACUACUACUACUACUACUACUACUACUACUACUACUACUACUACUACUACUACUACUACUACUACUACUACUACUACUACUACUACUACUACUACUACUACUACUACUACUACUACUACUACUACUACUACUACUACUACUACUACUACUACUACUACUACUACUACUACUACUACUACUACUACUACUACUACUACUACUACUACUACUACUACUACUACUACUACUACUACUACUACUACUACUACUACUACUACUACUACUACUACUACUACUACUACUACUACUACUACUACUACUACUACUACUACUACUACUACUACUACUACUACUACUACUACUACUACUACUACUACUACUACUACUACUACUACUACUACUACUACUACUACUACUACUACUACUACUACUACUACUACUACUACUACUACUACUACUACUACUACUACUACUACUACUACUACUACUACUACUACUACUACUACUACUACUACUACUACUACUACUACUACUACUACUACUACUACUACUACUACUACUACUACUACUACUACUACUACUACUACUACUACUACUACUACUACUACUACUACUACUACUACUACUACUACUACUACUACUACUACUACUACUACUACUACUACUACUACUACUACUACUACUACUACUACUACUACUACUACUACUACUACUACUACUACUACUACUACUACUACUACUAUUGUACUUCUAUUAAAAGUAGUAACAUUAAUACAUUACGGCUUAAUUUUUCAAUUUUAAGGCUGUGAUCUUAACUAUAUUUUCAUUGUAAAAAAGCAAAAAAUACAGAUUUGGGGCCAAUUUUUCUAUUAGCUAAUAAAUUAGAUUCAAUCAUUUAUAAUGAAUUAAUACUGAUAGUUGUACGCUACACAUAAUCUUAUAAAGUCAUAUUGACCUUUUACCUUUAAGCAAAAAAAAAAGAUAUCCAUAUUUAUUUUCAAUGAUUCAUAAACAACUGCUUCUAUACUAUUGUUAGUUUGUUAAUAAACAAACACAAAUAGAUCAAUCCUUUAUCAAAUUUACUCCUCCUCGUCCUCCUCAUCCUCCUCCUCUUCAUUUUCAUACUGGGUAGUUACAAUAUUCGAUCGAUUGUACCGCUUGUUUUUUUUUUCUUCUUUUGAGAAAACCAAAAAUUGCGCAAAAUUACAGUAUUAUACAAAAGCAUUGCAGAUUAUAAUGUGUAUACAUUCAUAUAUAUAGAUAUAUAGAUAUGUAAUAAAUAAAUGUAAUUUAUUACUACUUAUAUAUUUUUUAAGUAAAUAAAUGAUUUAUUUUGUUCAUCAAUUUAUUGAUGAUUUGUUAUUCUUCAUUACAUCUUAAAGAGGUUCUUGUUAUAGAUGAUGUUCUUAUGAGGUUGUAUUGGAUUAAUUAGUGUAGACAAUGAGAUUUAAGUGGAACUAUAUGUUGAUUCUAAUGUUGAAGUACUGGAAAUAGAUUCUAAUUGUUAUAUUCCUUGUCAGUCAGUCAUAGAGGUAUGAGGGCAGUUAUUACUUC